ACGCCCAGGGCGCCGGGCCUGGAGCGGGAGAGAGGCCGCAGGGGCGCGUCGGAGACUAUGAAGCGCGCUGUUCGGCGGGCUCCUUUCCGGAAGCGGAAGCUCGGGGGGCGGGCCAAGAAGGUCCGGGAGCCCAAGGCGGUUAAUUCCUUUUACCGUGUGGCGUGUCUUCGCUCGGUCUGGGCUUUUCUGAGGCUUCGAGAGAUGGUCAGGUCCGCAUCUCGACCGGGCCAGGUGUUAUCUUCAGGAGGGCAAGCUGGACCUACUAAAUUAACAAGUGGGAAGAAAGGGACCCAUUUAAGAAAAAUACCACGUUUUAAUGCACAUUCUGGCUAUUCCGUCCAUUCUGAUUCAGAAAGUCAGGCUGAAACCGUACAGGGGCUCGAUGGUUGUGCUUCUUUGCUGCGGGACAUUUUGAGAAAUGAAGAUUCAGGUUCAGAAACAGCAUAUUCAGAAGAUAGAUCUAAUCCUAGACCUUUAGAAGGCAAAAGAUAUGGGUCUAAAAAGAAAGGACCUGAAAAACAUACCAUUCCUUUGGGAGUCCGGAAGGAAAUGAAAUCUUCACAUAAUAAGAAACAGAUACCUAAUGAAGCUUCUGCUGGAAAUCAAAGAGACACAUCAGAUAUAGCACAAAAUUGGUCAUUGCAAGAUCAUUAUAGAAUGUAUUCACCCAUAAUAUACCAAGCCCUUUGUGAGCAUGUGCAGACUCAAAUGUCACUGAUGAAUAAUUUGGCUUCAAAGAAUAGCACCAGUGGAAUUCCUCCUGUACCUUGCCAUUCUAUGUCUGGUUCUGAAUCUCAGGCACCUCCACAUUCUAAUUAUGGCUUAUGUACCUUCACCCCAGUCUGGUCACCUCAGCGACCACCCUGCCCUCCAGUGGUUCAUUCAGAAGUUCAAACCGAUGGUGACAACCAGUUUCCAUCACAAAGUAAAACAGUUUCUGUGAACGGUGCUGAUGUUCUAAGGAACUCAUUUAAUACCAUUCCUGGAGUUCCAUGUAGCCUGCCCAAAACAGACAUAUCAGCUAUUCCAACAUUUCAGCACCUGGGCCUGGCUAAUGGUAUUCUGCCACAACAAGGAGCUUCUAAGGAAGCAGACCUACUAAAAUGUUUUCAAACAUACAUGUCUCUGUUUCAAUCUCAUGGAAAAGAAACUCAUUCAAAUGGUCAGACGCAUCGAAGCCCCACUAGAUCACAGCCAGCUUUCUUGGCCACUAAUGAAGAAAAAUGUGCCAGAGGACAAAUUAGAGAGGCCACAAGUGAAGGAAAGGGUUUAAAUGUCCAUGUGCAAGAUGCAAGCAUAGUCAAAGAUGUACAGAAGGCAAAAAAUGUGAACCAGACUGCUGAAAAAGUUAGAACUAUAAAGUAUUUGUUGGGAGAACUCAAGGCCUUGGUAGCAGAACAAGAGGAUUCAGAAAUUCAGAGAUUGGUUACAGAAGUGGAGGCAUACGUAUCUGUGCUUCCAGCAGUAAGUGGAAACACAGAUAUCCAGGUUGAAAUAGCACUGGCCAUGCAACCAUUAAGAAGUGAAAAUGCUCAGUUACGAAGGCAAUUGAGAAUUUUGAACCAACGACUUAGAGAACAAGGAAAAACUCAUAAGGCGUCUGGUACUGUGGAAUGCAACCUUGAAUUAUUUUCUCUUCAGUCAUUGAACAUGUCACUGCAAAAUCAAUUGCAGGAGUCACUAAAGAGUCAGGAAUUACUACAGAGUAAAAAUGAAGAGCUCUUAAAAGUGAUUGAAAAUCAGAAGAAUGAAAACAAAAAAAUUAGUAAUAUAUUUAAAGACAAAGAGCAAACUAUACUUGAAAAUAAACAGCAUUUUGACAUGGAAAUAACAAGAAUAAAUAUUGAGUUGGAGGAAGCCUUAGUCAAUGUGAAAAGCUCCCAGUUUAAGUUAGAAACUGCUGAAAAGGAAAAUCAGAUAUUGGGAAUAACAUUACGUCAGCGUGAUGCCGAGGUGACUCGACUGAGAGAAUUAACAAGAACGUUACAGAACAGUAUGGCAAAACUUCUCUCAGAUCUUAGUGUGGACAGUGCUCACUGCAAGCCUGGGAAUAACCUCACCAAAUCACUUCUGAACAUUCAUGAUAAACAACUGCAACAGGACCCAGCCCCGGCUCACACUUCCAUAAUGAGCUACCUACAUAAGUUAGAAGCAAAUCACAGUUUUACACAUUCACAGCCACUUUCUACAAUUAAAAAUGAGGAAACCAUAGAGCCAGACAGACCCUAUGAAAAUGUUCUGCCUUCCAGAGGCCCUCAAUAUAGUAACACUAGGGGCAUGGAGGAAGUUUCCAUGCCUGGAGUUAUUUCUACUCUUUCAAAACCGGGUUCUGAUGAAGGGAGUGAAACUAUGACUUUAAUUGAAGAUGAGCAUAAUUUGGAUAAUACAAUUUAUAUUCCUUUUGCUAGAAGUACUCCUAAAAAAAAAUCACCACUUUCUAAGAGAAUAUCCCCCCAGCCACAGAUAAGUGUAGCUACAACACAGCCAAUCAGCAACAUCGGACUUGUCUGUGAAAAAGAAAAUAAUCUGUGUGCACCUGUAGUUUGUUCUUCUUCAACAAUGGAAGCAGAAGAUGCACCUGAAAAACUUUCCAGAACAGCUGAUAUGAAAGACAGACAGCUCCUCAAGAAAAUAAAGGAAGCAAUUGGUAAGAUCCCUGCUGCCAGUGAAAAUCCAGAGGAACAGGCUGCAUGUCAUGGCCUGUCAGCGUGUCACAACACCAGCAUUCAAGUGAAAGGCAAUACUGUCCCUGAUGGUAGUGUUUUAAAUUCUGACUUGAUGUCUGACUGGAGCAUCUCUUCUUUUUCAACUUUCACUUCUCGUGAUGAACAAGACUUCAGAAAUGGCCUUGCAGCUUUGGAUGCCAACAUAGCUAGACUCCAGAAGUCCUUAAGGACUGGUCUUCUGGAGAAAUGAAUUCAAAAGAAAAUCGAGUGCUUCUUCCUUUUAAUAAUAGAACUUUUCUUUUUUAAGAAUAGAACUUUCUUUAGAAAGUUUCUAAUUUCUUUAAGAUUAGAGAGAAAUAAUGUUUUAUAUUAUUGUAUGUGAAAUAAAUUAUACAAAUAAUAAAUUUAUUAUUGGAAUAUGUUAAUAUUGUGGAGCUUGUAAAACAAGUCAUCUUAAGAAAUUGACAAUUGCUAAAAGAAAAAAGUUGUAGGUAACUAGGAAAGUAUUAUAAGUAAUGUUUUAAUUGAAUACUUGGCAAUUAGAGUUAUUUUAUUAAUAUGUACUUGCUGGGUUAAGAGUACAGGUUAAAAGGAUUCUCUGGUUGUCCUAAAGGAUAAUAAGGGAGUCUCUGGGUACAAUUUACUAAUUCAAACAAAGUUUCUUUCCUGUUUCAGUAUACCUAUUUUUUUCUUUUUUUCAGCAAAUUAAGGAGUUCCUUUAUUUUUUUUUCAUUACAAUUUA